AUUAGAGAACAGAUGGAUAAAAAUAACUUCCUGUCAUGUUUAGAGCAGGAUUCUAAAUCAGCAAGAAACCAGAGUUUCACUGAACUGAUUUCAGAACUUCGAGUAGCGCAGAAGGAAGAAGCCAAAUUGGUGGAAGAGAUAAAACGGCUUAAGCAAGACAAACAAGCUCUUGAAGUAGAUUUGGGACAAAUGAGGAGAGAGAGAGAUUUGGCAAGAGCCCAAAUUGUUUCUACUUCAGGUGAAAAAUCUUAUGAGAUAAAGAUUAUAGAAGAAUCAUACAAACAGGAAAUCAGUCUUUUGAAAAAGAGACUGCAGUGGUAUGCAGAAAAUCAGGAGCUUUUGGAUAGAGAUGCAGUUCGUCUUAAAGAUGCAAAAGAAGAAAUUGAGAAAUUGAAACUACAGGUUGAUAAUCUCAGAACUGAAGCUGGGAAUCAGUCUGUGCAACAGAAGAAACGUUUAAAGGACAGAGCAGCAGAUGCAAAAAAAAUUCAAGAUCUUGAGCGACAAAUUAAAGAAAUGGAAACAAUUCUAAAAAGAAGGCAUCCAAAUUCUUUGCCUGCUUUGAUAUAUGCUGCUGCUGCUGCAGCAUCUGAGGGAGGUGGUGACAUUUCGGCUAAAUCCAAUACAAUUGAUUUCCUGGAAAGAAGAAUUAAAAAGUUAGAAACAGAACUUGAGGGUAAAGAUGACGAAGCUAAAAAAAGCCUACGUGCUAUGGAACAACAGUUUCAAAAAAUAAAGCUUCAGUAUGAGCAAAGACUUGUAGAGCUUGAAGAACUCCUUGCCUAUAAAUUGAUGAAUGAACCACAAAAACUGCAUGACAGCAAAGCCAGUUUUACGGCAAUUGAGCAAGAACUUCGUAGUCUAAAGGAGGACCAUCAGAUCACAGUAAAAAAUCUUCAAACAGAAAUUGAAAAUCUUAAAAAUCAAAACUCCCAGUUAGAACUCAAAAAAUGUGAAAGAGGUGAUGAAGACUUGCAAACAAUAGAAUACCAAGUGGAACAAGCUCAUGCUAAAGCCAGGCUGGUAAGACUAAAUCAAGAAUUAAUCACCAAAAGUAGAGAGAUACAGGACCUAACAAAAACUGUGGAGAGACUUCAAAAAGAGAGGACGACGAUGUUGUCAAAUCAUAACUCAAGUGACAAAACUGACGGUAAGGAGAAGUCAACAGAAAUUUUGAAAAAGGAUAUUUUAGCAUCAAGUGAAAGGAAUGCCAGCACCAGUGAACCUUUCCCAGACACUCUUGAUGAGAAAAUAUACCAGCCACAUAACUUUGCCGAUUCCCAUAUUUCAGAAGUUCUGCAAGAAAAUGCCAGGUUAAAAGAUGAGCUAGAACGACUGUCUCUAGAAAUGAGCCAGCAGAGAGUGAAGUCUCAAGCAGCACUGGCUCAUUCUGAAAGUAACAUACGAAGGACAAAAGAAGACACAGCAGAAUACAUUGCAGCUCUAAGAGCAUCCCAUCAGAGAGAAGUAGAGAAAAUUCUUUGUCAGCAUGCAGUGGAACAUUCUGCUUCUAAAGUAGCUGAACUAAAUAGCAAAAUUUCAAGACAAGAAAUCUUAAUAAAACAUCUACAAGAACAAGUUAAUAAGCUGCACAAAGAUCAGGAGGCCCUUGCAGUUUCACAAACACGAGAGGAAAUCUUGCAAAAAGAGAUGACAAAAUUGUUGGAAGAACUGAGAGAGGCUAAAGAGAGGCAAAGUCCUGAGAUGAAACACUUCUUGUGUCUAGAAAGGAAAAUCAAGAAUAUGGAGAUCAGACAUGUACAAAGAGAACAAGAACUUCAGCAGAUAGUGCAACAAACACGGCAUGUUGCUGAAGUGCAGCAAACCCAGGAAGUUGAAAAGUGGAAAAAACUUGCCCAAUUAAAGAAUCAAGAGCUGGAGAAGUUUCAAGAGGAAUUAGAUUCAAUAUUAGAUGUUUUACGGGAAUUGCAGAAACAAGGGGUUGUUAUUCCAGUACCUGUUUCAAGUGGAUUAAAUUUACCAGAAAGAUAUUGGAAGACGUGACUGGGUAAGAACUGAUCAGAGAAAUAGAAUUUUAACCUAGACAGCUGUGAAUAUAAAACAAUCACUGGGGUAAUCCUUGCAAGUUCAGAUACUUUUCAUAAAUUCAUCUGAACUUUCACUCAUCUAAAGGCAGAUUUUUAUUGAACAAUUGAUUGAUCACAUUGUGUCUCAUAAUUUCUUAAUAAUAAAUGAUCUUGUAUGUAAAAAAAAAUUAGAAUUUUGAGCCAGAUGAUUUCCCCCCCCCCCAUAAACUGAAUUGUUAAGAAAUUUGCAUUUUGUAUUCUUCCAACAGCCUGUGGAACAUUACUGAAUACUUUUGAGAGAGGAUGUACAAUUGUGUUUCAUAUAGCAUAACUGAUUGCUCAGUUGUAUUUUCCUAUGUCAGAUCUAUGAAACUCUCAAAUAAUGUGGUCUAUUUUAUUACAAUGAUUAGGGCACACAAUCCUGUUUACAUCUUUCUAACACUUCUCUCUCCUCAUCUUUUCACCCAUACUCUUUUCUUUCCUCCCUUCCCUUUUUAGCCCCUAAACUUCUCCAAAUGUUUGGAGGACUAGGUCAGGUUCUUUUUAUGACAACAAUGACCCCAGACUUAAGCCUGGUCUACAGUUAAAAUUUAGAAGGACGCCCCUGAGUGCCAUAGUUAAGACAACCUAAUCCCUGGUCUAGACGCAGCUAGGUUGAUAGAUGAAUUAUUUGGUCAACCUAGCUAGAGGAGGUGCAUUACCUACAUCAACAGAAAAACUCCUUCUGUUGGUAUAGGAAACGUCUGUGCUAUGGCGUAGCUGCAGCAGUUCCGCUGUAGUACUCCUAGUAUAGUCAUAACCUUAGAAAACUAUUUUCUUGAGUUUUGAGAUAUUUCUUACAAAGCCAUGCCAUUCAUACUAAUGCUCUGUUUAGUAUAAUCAGUAGUAUUUGAUCACUGACUGAAUGAUGCUAAGAGUUAGUUUACAGGUCUACAGCAGCACAUAUAUUAGCUAUAGAUCUGUGCCUUCUUGGAGGGACCAUGAAAGAAGACAUGUUUUCAUUAGUAAAUUAUUUGCUCACACGAGUGAGUGCGCGUGAUUUAAAUAAAAACUAGUUAUGUACCAAUUUGUAUCUUGUAAGUUCCUGUUAAAAUGCACUUGAGUGCCUAUAAUUGAUUUGUAGUGCAAUAUUUGCACAUAGUUAUGUUAUCUAUUUUAUAUAUACAUGAAAAAAUACACACACUGUAUGUAAGGGCUAGCCUGCAUGAACAGUUAGACCGCAGCAGGCUGGGGUGUGAAGCUCCCGGCCACUAGCCUGUCAUGGUCUGACUAUCCAUGUUGUCCCUGCUGCUGUAUAUUAACUGUUUGUUAGAAUGCUUUGAUCUGGUCCUUUCUGAAAUGCGACUAGCUCAAAGUGCUCUAACAGGCUGCUAGAAUGUAGAACAGGGUCCACAAGAACAGGUAGUGUGAGGUAUAUUCCCCAGCUGGCUGCAGUCUCAUGGGUCAUUUAGACAAUCCCUAAGUGUUUGUACAUGGUAUCUGUAUAUAAAACAUGUAUUGAGAGUGAUAAAGUUGGGAUUAAUGCAAUCAUUAUUUUGGGUUUCUCACUCAGAUAUUUUCCAAAACUCCAUAAACCUUAAUUUUCAUUAAAAAGGAUGAUUUUGUCCAAGAAUAAUUUGGAAGUGUUUAUAUAUAGUCAUAAAUUAUGUAAAUAGGACUAUAAAGCUUUGUAUAUAAAAUGUCAGUCAUUAGUAAAUAUGUUGUAUUU